AUGUCGGGGUUCAGGCUGGGUGACCACGUGUGGCUGGAGCCUCCCUCCACCCACAAGACUGGCGUGGCCAUUGGAGGCAUCAUCAAAGAGACAAAGCCAGGCAAGAUCUUGGUUGAAGAUGACGAGGGCAAGGAACACUGGAUCCGAGCAGAGGACUUUGGUGUCCUCAGCCCCAUGCACCCCAACUCAGUCCAGGGCGUGGACGACAUGAUCCGCUUGGGGGAUCUGAACCAGGCGGGCAUGGUGCACAACCUCCUGAUCCGCUACCAGCAGCACAAGAUCUACACAUACACAGGCUCCAUCCUGGUGGCCGUGAACCCGUUCCAGGUGCUGCCGCUCUACACCCUGGAGCAGGUACAGCUCUACUACAGCCGCCACAUGGGCGAGCUGCCCCCGCACGUCUUUGCCAUCGCCAACAACUGCUACUUCAACAUGAAGAAGAACAAGAGGGACCAGUGCUGCAUCAUCAGUGGCGAGUCUGGGGCUGGCAAGACGGAGACCACCAAGCUCAUCCUGCAGUUCAUGGCCACCGUCAGUGGCCAGCAUUCGUGGAUCGAGCAGCAGGUCCUGGAAGCCAACCCUAUCCUGGAGGCCUUUGGAAACGCCAAGACAAUCCGCAACGACAACUCAAGCCGCUUUGGGAAGUACAUUGACAUCUAUUUUAACCCCAGCGGGGUGAUCGAGGGCGCACGCAUCGAGCAGUUUCUCCUGGAGAAGUCCCGGGUCUGCCGGCAGGCCCCUGAGGAGCGGAACUACCACAUCUUCUACUGCAUGCUCAUGGGGAUGAGUGCCGAAGACAAGCAGCUGCUGAGCCUGGGCACGCCCUCCGAGUACCACUACCUGACCAUGGGGAACUGCACUUCCUGUGAGGGGCUCAACGACGCCAAGGACUAUGCCCACAUCCGCUCGGCCAUGAAGAUCCUCCAUUUCUCUGACUCUGAGAGCUGGGACCUCAGCAAGCUGCUGGCUGCCAUUCUCCACCUGGGGAACGUGGGGUUCAUGGCUUCGGUCUUCGAGAACCUGGAUGCCUCAGACGUGAUGGAGACGCCUGCCUUUCCCACUGUGAUGAAGUUACUGGAGGUGCAGCACCAGGAGCUCCGGGACUGUCUGACCAAGCACACCAUCCUCAUCCGAGGGGAGUUCGUCACCAGGCCCCUGAACAUCGUCCAGGCUGCUGACCGGAGGGAUGCCUUUGUCAAGGGCAUCUAUGGGCACCUCUUCCUGUGGAUUGUCAAGAAGAUCAAUGCCGCCAUCUUCACGCCACCAGCCCAGGAUCCCAAAAAUGUGCGGAGGGCCAUCGGCCUCCUGGACAUAUUUGGCUUUGAAAAUUUCGAGAACAAUAGCUUCGAGCAACUCUGCAUCAACUUCGCCAACGAGCACCUGCAGCAGUUCUUCGUGCAGCACGUGUUCGCCAUGGAGCAGGAGGAGUACCGCUCGGAGAACAUCUCCUGGGACUAUAUCCACUACACCGACAAUCGGCCCACCCUGGACCUGCUGGCCCUCAAGCCCAUGAGCGUCAUCUCCCUCCUGGACGAAGAGAGCCGCUUCCCACAGGGGACAGAUCUCACCAUGCUGCAAAAACUGAACAGUGUCCACACCAACAACAAGGCCUUCCUACAGCCCAAGAACAUCCACGAUGCAAGAUUUGGCAUUGCCCAUUUUGCCGGCGAGGUGUACUACCAAGCAGAAGGCUUCCUGGAGAAAAACCGAGAUGUGCUGAGCACAGAUAUCCUCACCGUGGUUUACUCCUCCAAAAACAAGUUUCUGAGGGAGCUAUUCAACCUGGAGUCAGCAGAGACCAGGCUGGGCCACGGGACCAUCCGCCAGGCAAAGGCAGGAAACCAUCUUUUCAAGCUGCGAGGCAAGUUCCGCCAGAUGACCCUGGGCAUCGCUGACAUGUGGCUGCCGACAGACAAAGACUGGAAAGUGGGGAAGACUAAAAUUUUCCUGAAGGAUCAUCAGGACACUCUGCUGGAGGUACAGAGAAGCCAGGUGCUGGACAGAGCGGCGCUCAGCAUCCAGAGAGUCCUGCGGGGCUACAGAUACAGGAAGGAGUUCCUGAGGCAGAGGCGGGCAGCCGUGACCGUGCAGGCCUGGUGGAGAGGCUACUGCAACAGGAGGAAUUUCAAGCUGAUCCUCGUGGGCUUUGAGCGCCUGCAGGCUAUCGCCCGGAGCCAGCAGCUGGCGAGGCAGUACCAGGCCAUGCGGCAGAGGACGGUCCAGCUGCAGGCCCUGUGCAGGGGAUACCUGGUGCGCCAGCAAGUCCAGGCCAAGAGGAGGGCAGUGGUGGUCAUUCAGGCCCAUGCCAGGGGCAUGGCUGCCCGACGCAACUUCCAGCAAAGGAGGGCCAAUGCGCCGCUGGUCAUCCCGGCCGAGGGGCAGAAAAGCCAAGGCGCUCUCCCUGCCAAGAAGCGCAAAUCCAUCUACGACACCGUCACUGACACGGAGAUGGUGGAGAAGGUGUUCGGCUUCCUCCCUGCCAUGAUUGGGGGCCAGGAGGGCCAGGCCCCGCCGCGCUUUGAGGAUCUGGAAUCAAAGACCCAGAAGCUGCCUGAGGUUGACCUGGACACAGUCCCCAUGGUGGAGGAGCCUGAGGAGGAUGUGGAUGGCCUGGCCGAGUACACCUUCCCCAAGUUCGCCGUGACUUACUUCCAGAAAUCAGCCAGCCACACGCACAUCCGGCGGCCCCUCCGAUACCCGCUGCUUUACCACGAAGAUGACGCUGACUGCUUGGCUGCCCUGGCCGUGUGGAACGUCAUCCUGAGGUUCAUGGGCGACCUCCCAGAGCCAGUGCUGUAUGCCAGGAGCAACCAGCAGGGCAGCUCCGUGAUGCGGCAGAUCCAUGACACACUGGGCAGGGGGCACGGUGCCCAGGCUCUACAGCACAGAUUUGCACAGGUGGCCAGCCAGCUGAACAUUGGAGAGGAGACAUUGGAGCCUGAUGGCCUUGGUGCAGACCGGCCCAUGUCCAACCUGGAGAAGGUGCACUUCAUUGUGGGCUACGCCAUCCUGCGGCCCAGCCUCAGGGAUGAGAUUUACUGCCAAAUCUGCAAGCAGCUCUCAGAGAACUUCAAAACAAGCAGUGUGGCGCGGGGCUGGAUCCUGCUCAGCCUCUGCCUCGGCUGCUUCCCACCCUCAGAGAGGUUCAUGAAGUAUCUACUGAACUUCAUCGGCCAAGGGCCGGCGACCUAUGGCCCCUUCUGUGCCGAGCGCCUGAGACGCACCUAUGCCAAUGGGGUGCGUGCAGAGCCCCCCACCUGGCUGGAACUGCAGGCUGUCAAGUCCAAGAAGCACAUCCCCAUCCAAGUCAUCUUGGCCACUGGAGAGAGCCUGACCGUCUCUGUGGACUCAGCCUCCACAUCUCGGGAAGUGUGCAUGCACAUCGCUCAAAAGCAGGGCCUCAGCGACCACCUGGGCUUCUCCCUCCAGGUCGCCGUGUACGACAAGUUCUGGUCCCUGGGCAGUGGGCGUGACCACGUCAUGGAUGCCAUCGCCCAGUGUGAGCAGCUGGCCCAGGAGAGGGGUGAGAGCCAGCGCCAGUCACCCUGGCGCAUCUACUUCCGGAAGGAAUUCUUCGCCCCCUGGCACGACUCCCGGGAGGACCCCGUUAGCACUGAGCUCAUUUACCGCCAAGUCCUGCACGGAGUCUGGUCUGGCGAAUACAGCUUCGAGAAGGAGGAAGAGCUGGUGCAGCUGCUGGCCCGGCACUGCUACGUACAGCUCGGCGCCUCAGCGGAGAGCAAGGCUGUCCAGGAGCUGCUGCCCAGCUGCAUCCCCCACAGGCUGUACAGGACCAAGCCCCCGGACAGGUGGGCGAGCCUCGUCACUGCCGCCUGCGCCAAGGCCCCAUACGCUGAGAGGCAAGCCACACCACUGGCCGUGCGAGAGCAGGUGGUGGACGCCGCCUGCCUGCAGUGGCCGCUGCUCUUCUCCCGGCUCUUUGAAGUCACCACACUCUCAGGCCCCCGCCUGCCCAAGACGCAGCUGAUCUUAGCUGUUAACUGGAAGGGGCUUUGCUUCCUGGACCAGCGGGAGAAGACGCUGCUGGAGCUCUCUUUCCCAGAGGUCAUGGGUCUGGUUGCCAACAGGGAGGCCCAGGGCAGGCAGAGGCUGCUGCUCUCCACCAUGCAUGAGGAGUACGAGUUUGUGUCGCCCAGCAGCGUGGCCAUCGCUGAGCUGGUGGCCCUGUUCCUGGAGGGCCUGAAGGAGAGGUCCGUGUUCGCCAUGGCCCUGCAGGACAGGAAGGCCACAGAUGACGCCACCCUCCUGGCCUUCAAAAAGGGGGACCUGUUGGUCCUGACAAAGAAGCAGGGGCUGCUGGCCUCUGAGAACUGGACCCUCGGCCAGAACGACAGGACAGGCAAGACGGGGCUGGUGCCCACGGCCUGCCUCUACACCAUCCCCACGGUCACUAAGCCCUCGGCACAGCUGCUGAGCUUGCUCACCAUGUCACCAGAGAAGAGGAAACUGGCGGCUCAGGAGGGGCAGCUCGCAGAGCCACGUCCCGAGGAGCCACCCAAGGAAAAGCCGCACACCCUGGAGGAGUUCUCCUACGAGUUCUUCAGGGCUCCAGAGAAGGAUACAGUGAGCAUGGCCGUGCUGCCCCUGGCCCGUGCCCGCGGCCACCUGUGGGCCUAUUCCUCCGAGCCGCUGCGACAGCCGCUGCUCAAGCGAGUCCACGCCAACGUUGACCUCUGGGACAUCGCCUGCCAGAUCUUUGUCGCCAUCCUCCGGUACAUGGGCGACUACCCCUCUCGGCAGGCCCGGCCCAGCCUGGAGCUCACCGACCAGAUCUUCACGCUGGCCCUGCAGCACCCGGCCCUGCAGGACGAGGUCUACUGCCAGCUCCUGAAGCAGCUGACGCACAACUCCAACAGGCACAGCGAGGAGCGGGGCUGGCAGCUGCUGUGGCUCUGCACUGGCCUCUUCCCGCCCAGCAAGGGGCUCCUGCCCCAUGCCCAAAAGUUCAUCGACACCCGGAGGGGGAAGCUGCUGGCCCCCGACUGCGGCCGCCGCAUCCAGAGGGUCCUCAGGACAGGGCCCCGGAAGCAGCCCCCGCACCAGGCGGAGGUGGAGGCCGCAGAGCAGAACAUCUCCCGCAUUUGCCACAAGGUCUACCUCCCCAAUGACACCAGCGAGAUGCUGGAGGUGGUUGCCAACACACGGGUGCGGGAUGUGUGUGACAGCAUUGCCACCAGGCUGCAGCUGGCCUCCUGGGAGGGCUGCAGUCUCUUCAUCAAGAUUGCAGACAAGGUCAUCAGCCAGAAGGAGGGAGACUUCUUCUUCGAUUCCCUGAGGCAGGUGUCUGACUGGGUGAAGAAGAACAAGCCCCAGAAAGAAGGGGCCCCCGUGACGCUCCCCUACCAGGUGUACUUCAUGCGGAAACUGUGGCUCAACAUCACCCCGGGGAAGGAUGUGAAUUCGGACACCAUACUCCAUUACCACCAGGAGCUGCCCAAGUACCUGCGCGGGUUCCACAAGUGUUCGCGGGAGGACGCCAUCCACCUGGCGGGCCUCAUCUACAAGGCCCAGUUCAACAACGACCGGUCCCAGCUGGCUAGUGUCCCCAAGAUCCUGAGGGAACUGGUGCCCAAGGACCUCACACGCCUGAUGUCCUCGGAGGAGUGGAAAAAGAGCAUCCUUCUGGCCUAUGACAAGCACAAGGACAAGACAGUGGAGGAGGCCAAGGUGGCCUUCCUGAAGUGGAUCUGCCGCUGGCCCACCUUCGGGUCUGCCUUCUUCGAGGUGAAGCAAACCUCGGAGCCCUCCUACCCGGACAUCAUCCUCAUCGCCAUCAACCGACAUGGGGUCCUGCUCAUCCACCCCAAGACCAAGGACCUGCUCACCACCUAUCCCUUCACCAAGAUCUCCAGCUGGAGCAGUGGCAGCACCUACUUCCACGUGGUGCUGGGGAACCUGGGCCGUGGCAGCCGCCUGCUGUGCGAGACCUCCCUGGGCUACAAGAUGGACGACCUGCUGACCUCAUAUGUGCAGCAGCUCCUGAGUGCCAUGAACAAGCAGUGGGGCUCCAAGGCCCCAGCCCUGGCCAGUGCCUAGCAGCGGAUGCUGGCGUGUCUGCUCAGGCACCCUGUCAACCUCCAGCCUGGCAGCACCUUCCCAGGCCCUCUCAGCCCAGGGCCUGUCCUCGGCAGGCAGCCUUCCAUGCUGCCCCCCAUACAAGCCCACUCAGCCCCGCAGGUGGCCCCCUCUGUACUGGGCGCUGCAUAUGGAGGUGAGAAGACCCAGCGUGGGUCGGGAGUCUCGGACCCCCAGGCUGUUGGUGGAUGGCUGAGAGGACCCCCCCCGCAACCCCAGCCCACCAGAAUGUUCAGUAAAAACCCCUGGGGCAGGA